AUGUCUCGCUCAAAAGAGGGUUACUUGUGGACACUAGAACAAGUCACGGAGGGUCUACUCACCGCCGCUGUUCAACAAAGCUCCCCGGCCAUCAAAGACCGCUACGAUGUAAUUGUUAUAGGCGCUGGUUUUGCCGGUCUCGUUGCCGCCCGAGACUUGAGCCAGAAACACGGACUCGAUGUCCUUCUCCUUGAAGCGCGCGAUCGGAUAGGCGGCCGUACAUGGACGGCCAGGGUCCUCGGCGAGGACAUCGAGAUGGGAGGUACAUGGGUCCAUUGGGCUCAGCCUCACCUAUACGCCGAACUGCACCGAUAUGGCCUACAUCGAAAUUUGAAGACAUCAGCCGGAACCAUUGCGCCUGAAAAGCAAGAAUUCAAAACUGCCUCGGGAGACACAGAAGAUGUAUCGAGUGCAGAAAGUGGUGCUGCGCUGGAACGAGUAGCACAGAGAUUCUUCACUGUAGACGGACUGGAUAGUAGGUCUCUCAUGCCGUAUCCACAUGAUUCGUUGCGGGAGCCUGCACUCUGGAGGAAAUACGACCACCUUAGUGUGCACGAUCGGUUGGAUCAGCUCCAUGAUAUCCCACCACGGGCGAAGGACCUGUUCGAAUCGAAUAUCAACACGUUUGGCAGCGCGUCAGGGAAGGACAUUGGGUUCGUGGAAGCGUUGAGAUGGUUCGCAUUAGGCGGUCAUUCUAUUGCUGGCAUCUUCGAGAUGGCUGGGAUUUACAAGAUUGGAAAAGGAGGCAUGACUUCCUUGGCCGGUGCUAUUCUGGACGAAUAUACCGGCGACCAGCUCCUUAACACAGUUGUUGCCGAGAUUCAUCAUGUGGCAAGCGGUGUUGAGCUCUCGACCACAGACUUCCGGACCUUGCGGGCAAAAGCUAUCAUUUCAACGAUUCCACUUAACUGUCUCGGCGACAUUAGAUUCAACCCUCUUCUCUCCCCACUCCGUCAGGAAGCAAUUGCACAUGGGCACAUCAAUCGGGGCGCCAAAAUUCAUUACAAACUCCGCGAGACUCUUCCCGGUUGGUUCUGGACGGGUGAUUCCAAGAGCGACUCAAACUUUGUCUUCGCUUUCUCAGACCACAAUGGAACGCAGCCGUCGGGACCGUCAGGCACUUGGUGCAUCGGCUUCGGAUAUAACGGAAAGCUGACCGACAAGAAGGAUUCCGCACGUAUACUUCAGCAAUUUAAGAAGGACAUCAAUCCGAACGUCAACGUGGAGGCUUAUGCUACACAUGACUGGAUGAAUGAUCUCUAUGCUAAGGGCGUUUGGGCAUGCUGGGGACCUAAUGCUACAUCGAAGUAUCUAGCGGAACUACAACAGCCUCAUGGGCGGGUUAUCUUUGCGAAUGCGGAUUGGGCUGACGGAUGGAGGGGGUUCGUUGACGGUGCUAUUGAGCGAGGACAGGUUGCUGUGCGAGAUACGUUGAGUCUGUUGAAGGGGCAUCGGACGAGUAUGGCGAAGUUGUAG